GUCUCGGUAACCAAAUCAGCUGUGGAUCUCCAUAGCAGAAGAACCAAGGAUGGAAGGGUGCUUCUGGAAGGCCUUGCUGGUGGUUGGAGCCCUGGCCAUCAGUGGGACCACCACCCUCGCACACAAACCCCUGACCUAUGAUGAGGCUGUCAACCUUGCAGUGAGCACCUACAACAACAAAUCUGGGGAAGGCACCCUCUAUCGUCUUCUGGAAGCCGUUCCUCCACCUGAGUGGGAUCCUCUUUCUGAAGGCAACCAAGAGCUGAACUUCACCAUCAAGGAGACGGUGUGUAAGGUGGCAGAGGAACUUUCCCUGGAGGAAUGCAGCUUUCAAGAAGACGGGGCGGCCAUGGAAUGCACGGCCUACUUCUUCUUUGGAGAGAAGCCCCCACUGCUGGUCCUCACCUGUGAAGCUGUGAGUGAAGAGGAGGAGGAGGAGGAGGAAGGAAACGAAGAGGAGAAGGAGGUGGGGAAGGAGGAAGACAAGAAGGAUCAACCAAGGAGGGUCAAGAGAUUCAAGAAAUUUUUCAAGAAGAUCAAGAAGAGCGUGAAGAAGCGUGUCAAGAAAUUCUUCAAGAAACCGAGGGUCAUCCCCAUCUCCAUCCCCUUCUAAGGAUGGGGGGAGGGGGGGAUUCGGAAAGGCUGGCAGCCUCCGUGCUCCGAUCCGAAGGGAAACGGCAGAGAAAAACCAUGUGGGAUGUUUUGGAAUCAUUCCCCCAAAAAAUACCCCAGCAAUAAAUAAAUGAAUGAAUGAA